AUGCCACUUAUUACAUUUACCGGUCCUCCAAGCUCUGGGAAGACCAGAUGGGCUCGCAAGCUUGAGGCUGCCCUCAGGGAAAAGAUCGACGAAGCCAAACAAUCUGGUGAACAAGGUGGGAAUUAUUCGGUGAUUUACCAUUCGGAUGAAACUUUAGGAAUCGCCCAUUCCAACUAUAAGGACUCUACAUUGGAGAAGCAUGCCCGUGGUACCCAGAUGGCUGCAGUUAAAAGAGAUCUUUCCAGAAACAACUUUGUUAUAUUGGAUACCAUGGCCUAUAUCAAGGGGUUCCGUUACCAACUUUAUUGUGAAGCCAAGGGCAUCGUCACACCACACUGUGUCGUGCAAGUGAUGACCCCGUUGGAUAAAUGUAUCGAGUGGAACGCCGAGGCUGGCCUGCCCUGGGAUGAAGAGCUUAUAAGGCAGUUGGGUAUGAGAUAUGAAGAACCAAACGAUUCAAGUCGAUGGGACUCUCCACUUUUCACUUUAGUCUCCGACUAUGCUGAAGAAAAACUUCCUAUUCAAGAGCUCUGGAAUUGUCUUGUACUCAAACAGGCCCCACCUCCAAAUGCAGCUACCGUGGUCAAGGCAACCUCUGGGAAUGGGUUCUUGCAAGAGCUCGAUACACAGACCCUGGCGGUGGUGUCGAAGAUUGUACAACAUCAACAACUUAUAAGUGUAGGCGGAGAAGUGUUGAUCUCUCGUGGCGAGCCACUGUUAGUGGUGGAAAUGCCAUCCACCUCGGUAUCGAUUGCCCAACUUCAAAGAAUCAGAAGAACUUAUGUUUCAUUGAAUCGUAUGAGAAAUGUGGACAUCGACAGAAUUACACCCUUGUUUGUGGAUUAUUUGAAUAGAAGUUUAGCAGAGUAA